CUGCCUGAGAAUCAGUGGCCGAUGCCACAGUUCACGCCACAGCGGGUGAGCAUUUACACCUGCAGCUGGCCACCUCGGCAGAGGACCACACUCGCUCUGAGUAUACCGCACAUAAAUUCUUCUUAUUUUACCCAAUCGGCGCUUCUUCUCCAUCCCUCCACUGCUACAGAGACCAAGGCCGGACCACGCACUAGUCUAGGGACAGUCACCCUCCCGCCGCUAUGAGCAGCUCCAGCGCCUGCCGCUUCUUCCAGUCGCCGCAGGGCUGCUUCCGUGGGGCCUCGUGCACCUUCCGCCACGACGGCGAGGCAGCCACGAGCGACGUUUUGCUGAGCGCCGCCAAUCCGUACGCCAAUGGCUCCAUCCCCGCACCCACUCAACCGCGCACGUGCCACUUCUUCGCGUCCGAUAGCGGCUGUCGCAACGGCACAAACUGCCCGUUCAUGCACGUUGCGGCGGAGACCAGCGGCCCGGAGGCGCCCGAGUUCGCGGCCUACGACGAGCUGGCGGCGCCCCCAUUACCGCAGGACUUUCCCGUGGCGGUGGCCAGUGGUGGCGCUGUCUUUUACAACCACCCAGGGCUGCCGCCGCCAAUGAUGAUGGUAGCGCCUGAGCCUGACGAUGAGAAUGCGGCAACUGUCGUUGCCAAGCCCAAAAGGAAACUGCAGAUUCAAGCGAAUCCGCAGAAAAAGGAAACGAUCAGCGAGAUUUUGCCAGUGUUGACGAGGGAUAUUGAAGGACCGUUUUUCGCGAUUGACGUCGAGUGUGUUGCCACGGGCAAUGGCACCAAUGACCGUGAUGUAGCGCGUAUUGCCGUAGUGGAUGAGGACGAGAAGGUGGUGUUCGACCAGUACGUCAAGCCUACCAAGCCUAUCGUAAGCUACCUCACACAGCUUACAGGAAUCACAGAGAGCAACUUGAAGGAUGCGCCAGACCUAAAAGAGGCCCUUGUGCGGUUGAAGGCAAUUCUGCCUGUGGAAAGCGUUAUUGUGGGUCAGUCCAUCAAGAAGGAUCUGGAAUGGCUCACGCUUCAGAAGCCGACGGACUACAAGGGCGAGUUCGAUGUGGCUGAUCUUUUCCGUUUACCAAUGCAGUCGACCAACGGAGUGGUGCGCUAUCGCUAUUUUUCGUUGCGCCACGUGGCCAAAUAUCUGCUUGGGCAGGACAUUCAGGAAGCGGAUCACGAUCCGGUCAUCGACGCUCGGUACGCCAUGAAAGUUUUCAAGAAAUUCCGCCAUUUGCAUGAAAAUCCAGGCCGGCGUGACGCAGUGCUGCAGACGCUAUUGAAGACGCCGCGCACACCUUCUUUUGCAGAACGAUACCCGGUAAUCGACGGCGUGUCGAUGCGUGCGCCGCGGAAGCGAAGCACGUCGCCUUCGAUCCGAAACGCCAAUCGAGUUGCGGCCGAACAAGCGCAGCAUGCCACCAACGGAGGGUAUAACCUUCGCUAUCAGCAGCAGCAGCAUGGGCAGCAGCCGCUGUAUUUGUGAGAAUAGCAUCAUGUGGGCAAUACACUGAACCAUUUCCAGCUUGCCAGUCCAA